AUGAGUAACAACGGUCCAUCUCAAGAAAUUGGAGCCCCUAUUCCAAGUAAUACACCUCAUGCAGUUUCUGUAACCUUACCAACAUGGGAGGCUACAGUAGGGUAUGAGGAAGGUGAAGAUUGGGUUGUGAAUAAAAUGAGUUCUGGGUAUCCAAGAUUUUUCAUACAUUCAGUUAUACAGGAUUUGGCGAACAAUAUCGAAGCAAAAUAUGGUAGAGAAGGUGAAAGAUGUAUGGUAUUUCCUUCCUAUAGUGUUGCUAAAAGAUGUAGAGAAUUCGUUAAAGCAAAAAGUGAUAAAUCAAAUUUAUCAGUUAGAAUCUUGCAAUUAAGUACAGCUCCACCAGAAGACGAAUUGGAAAAAUCCCUGGUUAUCGAAUCAAAUAUAGGUGUUAUUUUUUUCCCUUCCAGUGAAUUCCCAUUGGCUAAGAAUUAUUGGCAACAUUCGGGUGAAGGUAUUAGUUCGAGAAUGGGUGAAUAUGUAUUGAAAGAAAUAUUUCACAAGGAAAAGAAACCUAGUACAUAUAAAGGAAGCCAUAUGAAACAAGAAUUACAAGCACAAAGAAUUCAGCAAAGAUCACCUUCGCUUUCCAAAUCUUUGCAAUCGCCUAGUUUUUCAUCAAACGAAGAAACAGAGAAGGAAUUUAACACGUUCAUUGAACAAAAGUACGGUAGAGUUUUGGACUUAAAAUUUGCAGCGCAAGCCAAAGUAGCAUUGAGGAGAAGAAUCUGUGGUAAGAUCGAUAAGUCCCAUAGCCAAGAAGACGAAAUGCAAAAAGCUAGACGUGGUAAACAUUUAAGUGAAACUGAUGUCUACUUGUAUCCAUCAGGAAUGGCAGCUAUUUUCAAUGCUCACCACGCUUUAUUACAAGUAGCGGAAACAAAAAAUAAGUCGGUUUGUUUUGGAUUCCCAUAUGUUGAUACUUUAAACAUCUUAAAGAAGUUUGGUCCUGGUGUUCAUUUCUUUGGUUUUGGGGAUGAUGAAUCGUUGGAAGAUAUGGAAUCACAAUUGAAAAGUGGCGAAAUAAAAAUUACCGCUUUGUUUUGUGAAUGUCCAUCUAAUCCAUUAUUGAAGACACCAAAUUUAAAAAAGAUUAGGGAGUUGGCUGACGAAUAUAAUUUUGCAGUAGUGAUAGAUGAAACUGUUGGUAAUUUUGUCAAUAUCCACGUUUUACCAUAUGCUGAUAUUGUUGCUUCUUCUUUAACAAAAGUAUUUUCUGGUGAUUCUAAUGUUAUGGCAGGAUCGUUAAUCUUGAAUCCUGAGUCGAAAAUGUAUCAUACAUUGAAGAAGUAUUUUGACGAUGAGUAUGAAGAUUUAUUCUGGGCUGAAGAUGCUUUAUAUUUAGAAAGAAACUCUCGUGAUUUUGCUGAAAGAUCGGCUAAAAUUAAUGAAACUGCUUUGGCAACGGUCGAUUUAUUACAACAGAAUCCUUUGAUUUCAAAGGUGUAUUACCCAUCGAUUUCUGAUACUAAGCAUUAUUAUGACGCCAUUAAGACACCUAAUGGUGGAUAUGGUGGAUUGAUAUCUUUCAUCUUUAAAGAACCAGAAGAUGCGAUAUGUUUUUUCAAUGCCGUUAAUUUACAUAAGGGUCCAUCCUUGGGAACUAAUUUCACUUUGGCUUGUCCAUAUGCUAUUUUAGCACACUAUCAAGAAUUAGACGAGAUAGCAAAGUGGGACAUCGAUAGAAAUUUGAUCAGAAUUAGUAUUGGUUUAGAGCUGGAGUCUGAUUUACUCGGUGUUUUGAACAAGAGUUUAAAACAAGCGGCAGCCCAACAUUAG